AUGCUGCGAGCCGCGCUAUUGUUGGCGCUGAGCUCCACAGCUCUGGCAGUAUUUGAGUGUUCCAAUCAAGAAACGACGGCUUUCGUGCGUAUUGCUAGAGCUCGCCUCGAUGGAACCCCAGUUGUCGUGUCUACUGCCGGUCACGAUCUCACCUGCGCUCAGUACUGUCGAAACAACAUCGAACCAACCACUGGCGCUCAACGAGUUUGUGCCUCGUUCAACUUUGACGGACGAGAGACUUGCUACUUCUUCGAUGAUGCCGCUUCACCAGCCGGGACAAGCCAAUUGACCGCAAACCCAUCGGCAAAUAAUUUCUACUAUGAGAAGACGUGUCUACCAGGAGUUUCUGCGCACGAAGCAUGCACCUACCGAUCGUUUUCAUUUGAGCGAAUGAGAAAAACGGUUUUGGAAGGAUUUGUUAGGAAAAGCGUACAGCACACUGACAGUAGAAAACUACAAUGA